AUGCCAAAAAAUCGUGGUGUCUUGGAUGCCAUCACUCGCAGUGUGAUAGAUGGUAGUGAUCAGGAGUCGAGCUCAUCUUUCAACUCGGACAAGGAAUAUGCGGCUGUGACGAAGGGCCUCAGCAGCUCAAGAGUACAAAAGAAGUCAUCUUUAAGGCAGAUGAAAAGCAAAGUCAAGGAGCUUCAAUCUUUAGUGAAUCAUUACCGAGAAAAUGAAGCCGCUUUAGUGUCUAGCGCCAAGUUAUUGUCCGGCGAGAUCAUAGGCUAUGAAAUUAAGAUGGCUAGUUUACAUGGAAAAAUGAAAAGUAUCCUGGAUGAGAACAACGCGUUAAAGGAAACGCACAAGAGCUCUGCUGAAAAGAGAAUCGAACUUGUUCGACUUCCCUCUAGCAAAGAAGAACGCAACUACGAUGAAUACACUUUGCUUGUUAAUCUCAAGAAGGAAAUCUGCGCCAAGUUACAGGACUACAAAAACGUCCAGAACACGGUGAACACCAAGUUAGAUGAGAUUCACACGUUCCAUGAAAAAUACUACGAAGGACUAGAACUAAGUUUAGACAGCAAGGUGUUUGAUGCAGAAAGCUCAAAAGAGCUGGCCAAAGUGAGGCGAGAACUGAAUAACGUGAGAAAAAAUUCCGAAAUCAAAGUGAAUAACUUGAAAAUGCAACUGCUACAAGCAACCAAAUCACUGGAGCACUUGAAGAAGCAGGCUAAAGCAAAGGAUGACUAUCUUAAAUGUAUUCCUGAGCUGGUCGACAAAGCCAAUCUCACGAUGUUAUCCUACAAGAAAAGCAUCGCUAACCAGAGGGAGACUAUCGAAGCAUUACAAGCAGAACUAUCGCAACAAUCAGAAACAAAGGGGCAAAUAGAAACAGAAACACAAAAUCAAGUACAAAUCCCCACCAAUGUGACUUUGGUGGACCCCUUUGAGGAAAACAAUCCAGAGGAUUUGUUCGCUAUCCAGGAACAGGAAUUGCAAGAUCUAAGGUUGCAUAAGAAAAUGGCCGAUGAGAGGAGCCGAACUACCCACUUGCAUUUAGAAAGAAAAAAUAAUACCAUCAAGCUACUGCAGAGUUACGUGCAAUCAUUAAUUCAACGGCUACCACCAGCCCAGCGCAAACACCAUUUGGGCAUAUUCCAAAAACUUGGUAGCGAAAAAUCGUGUCCACUCGCCCCCGCUGUGGCAAGUACAUAUGCGCCUCUUCUACUCUUAUCCCAGCAUUCGAACCAUCAAGAAAUUGACAACACCCCUCAACGGCUUCUAUUAGCGGCUCCAGACGGGCAGUCAUAUUCCGAAAAGAGCACAACACUAAACCUUGAUUACUCAUCAAGGAAAUCCUACUUAUCAAGACUACAACCACCACAUAUAGCCAACCUGAAGUCUUUGACUCUGAAAACUCUGCCAAGGGUGCCCACGGACAGUCCUCAACUUCCUUCAAAAGACAAAUCUCAAGAGACUGCAAAGAAAGACGAUCGGCCAAAAUUGGUGGCAAAUGAACCAGUCACACUAGACACAUCAACUCCUCCUGUGGCACAAAGCUUGGCGGAUUCAAAGCAUUGUUCAGGACUACAUAAAUAA